AGUGACUAAAGGUCAGCACUGAAAGCUUCUCGUGUUAAUGUACUGAAAACAGAAGAAAAUAGUGAAGAUAAUCCAGGGGUGUGUAUUUUAAGGGUGUGUAUUGAUACAACUGCAACUCAAUUUCUGAAAGGGAGCACUUUUGGAGUGCUCAUUCUGUGAAAGUGAAAGUAAGUUGGCUUUUUGAGAGUUCAUAUAAGCAGGAAAAGAACCACAGAAGACAACGACAGAAUGGCUGCCAGUGAAUCACCAUCUGAAAUGGACUGCACCUGUCCUGUGUGCUGUGACAUAUUUAAGGAUCCUGUAGUCUUGUUGUGCGGUCACAGCUUUUGUAAGUACUGUCUUCAGGAGUGGUGGAGACAGAGUACCCUCCAGACAUGCCCAGUCUGUAAGGAAAUAUUUCCAAUGGCUCAGCCUCCACGUAAUCUGGCACUGAGAAAUCUCUCUGACACCUUGAGACAAGAGAGGAGUCAGAGAGGUUCAUCAGGAUCUAAAGAGCUCUGCAGUCUGCACGGUGAUAAACUCAAACUCUUCUGUCAGGAUGAUCAAGAACUGAUCUGUUUGAUCUGUAGGGAUGCAAAAAAACAUAAGCAACAUAACUUUGUCCCUAUCAAUGAAGCAGCAGAAGACUACAGGACCAAACUGAAGGUUCAGCUAAUGCAUUUAAAAACCAAACGGGGGUCAUUCCAAGCAGAAAAAGUCAAGUGUGAUAAAAUGGCCGGCCACAACACACUCCAGGCCCAGCAGACUGAGAAGGGGAUAAAAGAGGAGUUUCAAAAGCUGUACCAGUUUCUGCGGGCAGAAGAGACUGCAAGGAUUGAUGCUGUGAGGAAAGAGGUGACGCUCAAGAGUGAAGCAAUGAAGAUCAGGAUUGUGAAUCUGACUGCAGAGAUCUCUUCACUCUCAGACAAAAUCAAAACCAUCGAGGGAGAAAUUAAAGCUGAAGACAUCUCAUUCAUGCUGGUAAUCAGUGAUCACUUGUGUCAAUCCCAGUGCAACCUGCCAGAACCAGAGACUCCAUCAGGAGCCCUGAUCGAUGAGGCCAAACACCUGGGGAACCUGCUGUUCACAGUCUGGAGGAAGAUGAAAAACAUAAUACAGUACACUCCUGUAACUCUGGACCCCAACACUGGCAACUCAUUAUUAACUGUAUCAGAAAACAUGACCCGUUCAACAGUAAGAGACCAGAGUCAGCUGCUCCCUCAUAACCCUGAAAGGCUAGGCAAUUGGGAUAUUCUUGGCUCUGAGUGCUUUAGCUCUGGGAAACACAGCUGGGAUGUAAAGGUGGAACACAGCUGGGUUGAGGAGGUGGGUGGUUAUUGGUAUAUUGGUGUGGCUACUAGACGCAAGCAUGAAACCUCUGAGAAGAUCUGGGGCAUCUAUAUGUGCAUGUGUCAUCGCGUUUUACAUGAACUUACUCCAGAGGAUGAUACAAAAACCGUAUGUAAUGAUUUAUUUCCUGAGAAGGUGAGAGUGCAGCUAGAUUAUGACCAAGGUAUACUAUCAUUUUUUGACCUGUAUAGGAAAACACCUGUACACACUAUCAAACACACUUUCACAGAACCUGUUUUUCCAUAUUUCCGUAAGAAUGCAAAAGUCCUUCCUGCUGACUUCUCAGUGACAGUUAGCCUAACCAGAUAAACAUGCUGCAUUAGUUCAAACAACAAGAUGAGGCCUUGAUACGAGAUAUGAGACCUUGAUCAAGGGCUUGUGCCACAUGAAAUACAACAAUUUUUAUCAUCACAUCUUUUAGUAUUCUUUUGACUCCAUAUUAAGGUUAUGUUUCUUAGAUAUAUAGUUAUAACUCUUGUUCUGGCUCUUUAACUUUGUUUGAUGUCAGUAGCCACUGACAUGUUAACCAUGGUGUAAGAGUUUUCUAUUUUGUUUUUUGACUUUCCUAAAGGGUUACCCCAGCUGAUUUUACAGAUGAAGUUCAGUUUACUUGUCACAAGGAUUACUUCUCAGCUUUUAAAAACAGUUUAAGAAAAGUUUGAGAAAAAAUAAGCCUGAAGGAGAUUUUUAAAGUGUCCAGUAAAGGUGCUGAUAACACAGCCGUUCACCCUUUUCAAUCAUUGCAUGUUACAGCUUGGUAGAGGUUAAAUUUGUUCAAACUUUGUUUUUGCUUUUAAAAAAUUCAAUUCUUGUUUCACCUCAUGAUAUGCAGUAAAUGAAAAUACUGCAAUGAUCUGAUUUCAGUUGUCAUUUCAAGGCUAAUGAAACUGAUAUUCAGAGUUGAAUAAAUCUUAAAAGCUGUUCCCUCUUGAGUUCUUUCUCUUGGAAUCAGUAUUUAUAUUUUGUCCUUUUCAGCUUUGGUCUAUUUGGUCCUUCAAAUGUUGUUUUGAAUGUAUUGUAAAGAAUCUGCAUAGUCUUGUUUUGCUUUGUUGCUUCUUUCUGAUAUUGUAUGUACUUUGCCACAAAUAUUCAUACAUUUUUGGGACAUUAAUAUAUAUUGUUGUUGUAACUGUUUUUUUUGUUUUUCUUCAGUACUUAAUGAUAAACUGAUCUCCAUCAGGUGUUGAUUGCUGCCAGAAAGUAUUUGAAAUGACAUUGGCAUGAUGUAACUAAUUUGUUGUGUAUAUAUUCCUUGACCUUUAGCAUACUCGCUAUUUUCUUGAUGAAGACCCGAUGUAGUUAAAAUGUUGACAAUAAUA